AUGCCUCUAGCGGGUACGCGUGCAUACCCGUCGCCAACCCGGGUACCUUCGACCGCCAUGUCUGCUCACCUACCGAGCGAACCGGCGGUUGCUACGCUACGAGCCGGUAGUCGUGUUGCAGGGUUAGCCGGCGGCUCGGCGGGCUCGACCGCACAACAGCCGCAACAGCGUCGUCUGCACACCGUCCCACUUUCUCCCACAGAGCUCAACGGUACCAACUACGACAGAGAUUGCCCAUCAUCGCAGGGUGUUGACGACGUGCUUACCACUUCGGGCUCGCUCGACGCUUCCCUGGACUUCGAGCCAGCUGCGGGCGAUGUUCUCUACGGCGACGUCCGGGCCAGCCUUGCUCGGCCGCUCCCGCGCCUCAGCCCGCUGUUGUCGGGCUCACCGGCCAUGAACCGUGGCGAUGACGACCGCUGCGGUAAGCCUCGCAGGAGCAAAAUUGCAUCCCCGGUCAAGACUGUGUCCAGGGCGCCGCGGUCACGAUCGGGGUCGCGGUCGCGGUCGCGGUCGCGGUCGCGGUCGCGGUCGGGGUCGCGGUCGGGGUCACAAUCCCAACAGCGCUCCUCUUCCUGGCCUUGUCCCGGUCCUAUUGAGCCAGGGCUGGGCUACUCGUGCUCAUCGUCCGAGCUCACCAUCGGCUGUGCCUCGCCACACUCGGUGCUCCCUCCGCCGGUCUACGUCUCGGCGUCACGGUCAGUCUCUUCAACCGGUUCGGACCCUGGCUCGGGCUCGGGCUCGGGCUCGGGCUCGGGCUCGGGCUCGGGCUCGGGCUCGGGCUCGGGCUCGGGCUCGGGCUCAUGGUCGUCGGCGACAGCGUCGUCGGUCGAGCACAGUCUCCGGAUCGUCACGACGUUGUCGACGUCAGCGGCCGAGAUGGGCUCGUCGCCGUGUUCACAGGCGCGGUCGGACAUCGACUCGCCGAUGAUCCGCCGGUGUGCACCGCGGACCUCAUCGUUUACGACCGCCUGUGCCAACUCGUCGUCGUCGUCCGACGCCGAGGCAACGUUUGCAUCCGCCGUCCCGUCGUUUCGGUCCGCGCUUGCGCGUGAGGCCAUGCUGGCGGCCUACUCCGACGAGUCCAAGAACGUUGCGCUCCUCAGCAUCGCAGACGUCUGGCCCGAGUCGUCGGACGAAGGCGCUUCGCUCGAGUGGCGCACGCUCCGCGACCACUUUCUGCGGUCAGGCAAGAUCGAGGCAGAUUUUGCCUUUCACUUGUUGGCAACGGCGCGGACCGUUCUCGCGCGCGAGCCCAAUGUCCUGCGCCUCUCGCACGACUCCCUGGCUGCUGCACAAGCUGCUGAAGCAUGCGCUGAGCAUGACAAAGUGAGCGGCAGCAGCGGGGAAACCGGUAGCAUACCUACCGGGGCUCAUCGUCCGGGUCUUGUUCUCGUCGGCGACAUCCACGGCCAACUAUUCGAUUUGGUGUGCGCGCUGCUGCUCGGCGGCGAUCCUGGCGAUCCUGACGUGGCGUACUUAUUCCUCGGCGACUAUGUCGACCGGGGUGUCUACUCGACCGAGGUCCUCUUUCUCCUUGUCGCGCUUAAGCUCCGAUUUCCGGGCUCUGUCUACCUCCUCCGCGGCAACCACGAGUGCCGGUACGUCUCGCAGACCCACGGGUUCCUCACUGAGCUCUGCUACAAGUACGGCGACGAGACUGGGGUCCGAAUGUGGCGAGCGGCCAACAGCGUGUUUGACGCUCUCCCGCUCGCGGCCCUCUUCACCGCAGACGACGGUGCGCGCAUGUUCUGCUGUCAUGCCGGUGUUGCGCCGCUCAUGUCCAUCGGCGACAUCGACGCCAUCGACCGGCUACAGGAGAUUCCAUGGCAGGGCGACAUGGUCCAUCUGGUGUGGUCGGAUCCGGUCGAUGCGUCGGACGUGUGCCAGCUGCGCGCUGCCGCGCUGCCAGCCGCCGCCACCGCAGACGUCUCGUUCAAGGACAUCGAGGCGCUGCCCAACCAUGACCGCGGCAUCUCGAUCAAGUACGGCUACGCCACGCUCGCCGAGUUCCUGGUCCUCAACAAUGUGACCACGGUCAUCCGCGCCCACCAGGUCAUGUCAACCGGCUUUUGCAUGCACGCGCUGUUUGAAGAGGCCCGAGAACAGGCUCGCGCUCGCGGCGCCGCAGUUCCGGGCUCACCAGACUGGCCCAUGGUCAUGACCGUCUUUUCAGCACCCAACUACUGCGGCAUGUAUGACAACUCGGCGGCGCUGGUCAAGAUUUCGCCGACCCGCAAUGCCGACGGCAAGUUCUACGACGUCAUCACCUUUUCCUCGCCCGACUCCAGCUUUGACUGGGACUCGUUCAUGCAACACGACAUGGCUGCCCAUCCGCAUACGCCCAGCCCAGACCUUGGCUCCGCAGAGUUUACACGAGUGACCAAGCGGCUCGCCUCAUCGCUCCCCAACGCCACCGUCGACCUUGUGCCGCUCAUUACGAACGCAGAUGUGACGCGAGGCGUCUCCGACUCGGGCACUCUAGAGGAUUCAUGCGAUGGAACGCCGUCGCCGAUGGUUGGCGGGUGCAGGCUCAAUUUGAGCGCCGCCGAGCUAUCGGGCGAGCCGCUGCAGACUCUAGGUGUCGACAGCUACACAGCCGAUCAGAGUGAGUCCUGUGAGCUGCCGGCCGUCUCGAGCGAGGGUUCGUUAGUCUGGCCGCUAUCUCGGGUCUCCCGCGCCAUGUCGGAGCCGCUGCUGCCGACGUUUGGCUCGCUUGCGCUCGUUCCGGACGGCCUCUCGACGGUAGAGACCGAGGACAAGGCAAAGCGGCCGCCACCGGUCGCGCUUGCGCCGGAUGUGGCCAAGGGCUACGCCGAGGCGCGCCCGAUCCCCCAGGCCGCUCGUCGUAUCGCUACCCAAACGAGUACCACCAGAGCUCGCGACAGCUGCGAUCCAAGCCACCACGCCGUCGGCGGCGCCACAUGCUGCACCCCGGAGACGACUCGAGCUCAGUCUCGGGCGGCGGGUGGUAUGACGGCCUCCGCGAGUUUGAUUGGUCGCACUCGGCUUACGCCCGCACCUCGCAGAGCCUCAAGUCGUUGCAGCGGGCGAUUGAGACCGCCGAGCGCUACGGCGAUAGCGCGAGCCUGCGCGACAAGCUCAAGAUUGACAUUGUGCUGCCGAGCACAGCCGCCCGUCCGCGCGGAAUUGAUUUUGACCCCGAGGAGGGCCUCCACGUCUCGAUCCACACCCUCACCUCGCCGCACGUACCGUCUGAGUUUUCUCAGUUGCUUUCGCAAUCGCACCGGUCUGUCUCGCUCUCGCCGACCGCGCGAAUCGCGCCGCCGGCGUCUGACUCUUCACCUGGCCACUCGCCACUGCCGACGCUCAUAG